CGUCAGCCCCCGCAUCAGCGUGGACUGGGGCGAGCGCGGGGGUGGGGGCGGGGGCGGGGGCGGGCAGAGGCUUAAAUAGGCGGCUCUGGAGCCCAGACCCAGCGCGGACUGAGAAGGCGGUGGCUGCGGCAGGGUCGAGUGUCCGAGCCGGCGUCUGCGAGUGGAUUGUAUCCGAGCCCGGGACCUAGUUUUGACCGUGUCCGUGUGCGAGUGGACGGCGUCAGACGCGAUGACUCUGAAUGGCGGCGGCAGCGGAGCGGGCGGGAGCCGCGGCGGGGGCCGGGAGCGCGAGCGCCGUCGGGGCAGCACCCCCUGGGGCCCCGCGCCCCCGCUGCACCGCCGAAGCAUGCCGGUGGAUGAGCGCGACCUGCAGGCGGCGCUGGCUCCCGGAGCUCGGGCAGCGGCUACAGCUGGGCCCGGACCCCAGGGUCCGAGGCUGGACUGGCCCGAGGGCUCUUCCGACUCGCUCAGCUCCGGGGGCAGCGACUCAGACGAGAGCGUUUACAAGGUGCUGCUGCUGGGGGCGCCUGGCGUGGGCAAGAGUGCUCUGGCGCGUAUCUUCGGUGGUGUAGAGGAUGGGCCUGAAGCAGAGGCUGCAGGGCACACGUAUGAUCGCUCCAUCGUGGUGGACGGAGAAGAGGCAUCGCUCAUGGUCUAUGACAUUUGGGAGCAGGAUGGUGGCCGCUGGCUACCAGGCCACUGCAUGGCUAUGGGAGAUGCAUACGUCAUCGUGUACUCAGUGACAGACAAAGCAAGCUUCGAGAAGGCCUCAGAACUGCGGGUCCAGCUGCGGCGGGCACGGCAGACAGACGACGUGCCCAUCAUCCUAGUGGGCAACAAGAGCGACCUGGUGCGCUCUCGUGAGGUCUCUUUGGAUGAGGGCCGGGCCUGUGCCGUAGUCUUUGACUGCAAGUUUAUUGAGACGUCGGCUGCGCUGCACCACAACGUCCAAGCGCUGUUUGAGGGUGUCGUGCGCCAGAUACGCCUGCGUCGGGACAGCAAAGAGGCCAAUGCGCGUCGGCAAGCUGGGCGGCGAGAGAGCCUUGGCAAGAAGGCAAAGCGCUUCCUGGGCCGCAUCGUAGCCCGCAACAGCCGCAAGAUGGCCUUUCGCGCCAAGUCCAAGUCCUGCCAUGACCUCUCGGUGCUCUAGGCCCCACGGG